GGGAGGGAGGAAGGAAAGGAGUGUGAGCAAGGGAGAGAAUAAGCGAGGGAGAGGAGAACGAGGAGUGAGUGCUCUUGUUAAAAGAAGUACUUUGAGAGAAGGCGUUGAGGCGUCGAAGGGGAAAGAGGAACUGACCGGUGCGUGGAGUGCACACUGCUGCAGCUGGAAAAAUGGAGUGCUGUUGUCUGACGGUAUGUGUUGGUACAGUCGCUCUUCUGUUUGCUCUCCUGUGGUGGUUCGUCCGGGCUUUGAACAGGAGUUCUUUUUGGGUGCUGAUGUGGAAUGUCUUCAUCAUCGAGCAACUCCGCAAUAAGUUCACUCAGACCACACGACCUCAGCGGAUUCUGAAAGCGGUCCAGAAGAAUGCCACUAAAGGAGAUCCUGACAGCGUCAUCUCUGCCAUCGACCAUUACUGCAAGCACUCUGAAUGGGCCAUGAACGUGGGAGACGAGAAAGGCUCCAUUUUGGAUUCAGUGGUCAGUGAGGUCAACCCCAGCACGGUGCUGGAGCUGGGCACAUACUGCGGAUAUUCAGCGGUCAGAAUCGCCCGUCUGCUGUCCCCUGGCUCCAAACUCAUCACUGUAGAGUUCAACCCUGCCAUCGCUGCCAUCGCCAAGCAGAUCAUAGCCUACGCUGGAAUCCAAGACAAGGUCACCCUAGUGGAGGGCUCCUCUGGUGACUUGAUCCCCAAAAUGAAGGAGUGCUUUGGCAUCACAUCAUUUGAUUUCAUCUUUUUGGACCACUGGAAGGACCGUUACGUUCCUGACACCAAGCUGCUCGAGGAGUGUGGCCUGCUCAGGAAAGGCACAGUCCUGUUGGCUGAUAACGUCAUCUGUCCAGGAGCACCAGAAUACCUGAAGUACAUCAGGAACAACCGUCGCUACGAGAGUCGAUACUACCCAGCCCACCUGGAGUACACCAAGGUGGAGGACGGCUUGGAAAAAUCUAUCUUCUUGGGUUAAAGAGAAAAUGAGUUUCUAACAACCUACAGUAGCUCUACAUAGACACCAAUCUAAUCUAGAGUCAGAGAAAGGCUACUGAGAUGGUUACGUUCAGUAAGCUUUGAGAAACAGUGUCAGAACUGUUUGAUGAGACAUCAGGAACAUAAUGUUAGAUUUAUCAGUGUUUUUACAUGUGUGUACAAAUUAACUUUCCAAAGCAAUGUAAAGUGGGCGCAGAGAGUUUCAACCAUGGUUUGCUUCUGUGUUUUGUCCACCGGUGCAUUAUCUUCAUGUUUCGUCGUUUACUUUCCAAAAUCGCAGAAACUUAGAAUAGAAAUUUGAUUGCCUCGUCAUUACAGUAGAGUACUUUUGAAAAAAAUGUUUUACAACCUUUAUAUACGUCACAUUUAAAGAAUUAUUUUUUAAGUGAAAAGUUCUGCAAGUUGUUACUCCAAUCAAAUAAAUAUGCCCAAUAUAUUUUAUGAACUGGGCUGGAAAUAUUUGAUGCCAUCUCUAUGUGUAACAUGUCUAAAAGAAAUACAUCUUAUGAAAAUUUAA